AAUGAAUGCCUUUUUUCUCGCCAAACUUGCUGAUAAACAGGAGCAGCAAAAGGCGUCGAGUUAUUCUGCUCACCUUGCCUCUCUAAUACCUCUCUGCAAAUGCAUCUCGCCAGUGAAAACUGAUAAUGCUCGGCGUCUAUUAGACGCCAGAGGAAUUUGGGAAUCAACGUCAACGUCAGAUAUUCUAACUUGGCUAUGCAAUGCUAUGAUUGCAGCUACGAGUUUGUUUUUUUGUGGACAAUUGGGUCGAGUAGCUCUUGAUGCUGUUUCCCUUGCAAACUCCGUAUUAAACGUUACUGGCAUAUCCGUUGGUAUGGGAUUGAGUACAGCAUGCGAUACUCUUUUUUCUCAAAGCUAUGGCAGUACAAACAAGAAACAAAUGGGAGUAUUCCUACAAAAAGGUAUAUUAAUUUUAUUUUUGGCUGCUUUACCUUGUUGGGCAAUACAUUUAAAUACUGAAAACAUACUUUUGGCAAUUGGGCAAGAUGGUGAGGCUUGCUGGACGCUACACGCUGAUAUUUAUGCCCGCGGUUCUGCAAUUGCUCAAGUUUGCGGCCAUUUGACAUUAUUAACAUGUACUUUAUGUUAUGGAGCAAAGUUCCUAAAAACAAAUAGAGAGACUUGGUCAUCUUGGUCUUUAGAAUGCUUACAAAAUUGGGGCUUAUUUCUGACCCUUGCCUUUCCUGGCAUGCUAAUGAUUUGUUUGGAGUGGUGGUGUUUCGAAGUUGGGACAGUUCUAUCUGGGACACUCAAUACCAUUGAAUUAGGUGCCCAGUCAAUUCUAUUUCAAAUGGAAGGAAUUACUUACAUGAUUCCGACUGGUGUAGGAGUUGCGGCAAGUAUCAGAAUCGGUCAAUAUUUAGGGUCUGGAGACCCAAAGGGUGCAAAAACUUCAGCAAGGGCAGCUUUAGUUAUUAUUGGUUUUACUGGGGGUCUGAUCGCUUUGAUAUAUGGUACACUUAGAAAUUAUAUUCCCAGAGCAUUCUCCAGAGACAAAAGCGUUGUUGAUAAAGCCGCUGGCGUUUUCCCUAUCCUUGCUGCUUUCUGCAUAUUUGAUGGAUUAGCGGCAGUUGGGGGAGGUAUUUUGAGAGGCUGUGGACGUCAAUCAAUUGGUGCAGUCGUAAUCUUUAUAGGCUUAUGGCUGGCAUAUGCCCUUGGGGUACUUAUCGAAGCUAUAGCUUUCUUGUUGCUUGUACUGACAACAAAUUGGGACUUAGAAAGCGAUCAUGCUGUCGAAAGAGCAGGAAUUAAGAAUAAUACGGACUUUAAAGGAGAAACAAGCUCUUCCAGCAAAGAAGUGCCAUUGACGGAAGAAAAUCUUGAAGUCGAAACCGAGGAAACUCAUUUAUUGAAACCUGUAAGGAGAAAAAUUACUGCAGUCGAGAUGGAAAGGAGAACAUUGGGCAUGAGACGCAGUUAUUCUGGAUCGCCUGUAAUCGACACUCUUCAUGGGAGACGCUUUUCAACUCCUAUGCAAUCUCCUACCCAGCUCUCGUUCCCGGAUAAAAAACGUAGAUAUUCUACUAGGCAUAUACCUCAAAUUCAGGAAAAUGUUUUGGAAAAGUUAAAUGACAAGAAAACGGACUCUCUGACAAAGCUCUUACUAACUAGAUUUGUUACAGUAUUGUUUUGUGUCGGAAUUCUUCUUGCUGGAGUGUUAAUUAGGGUAUUCGUGCAUAUUGACCAAAAUACAGAUAGUUUUAACACCACUACAGAAUCAAAAUAUAGAACUUCUGAAAGACUAUUAUUUGAGAAAGCGACUGAACAAGUGGAAUGUUUUCAAUGUGGAGAAAACUUUAAUUAUUAUACAUACAGUAGUAUCACUGAUUCAUCAUACCCAACGUGUCCUGCUACUUGGUAUAAAAACGAUAGAAUAAAUGAUUUACCCAAGUGUAAGGGUAGAAUAUGUGCAAAGAGUAUUUUAUUUCAUGAGACGGACAAUUUUACGGCUAUCUCUAGAUAUUGUGUCUCAGCAAGUGAAGCAAAGGACAAAGAACAGGAAUUAAAUGAUAAAUGUUAUCAAAAAGAUAUUCCUGGUAGAGGUGUGAAGGCAAGAGCUGUUGUUCUAAUGUACAUGAUCUAA